AUGUCUGAUCAAGACAAUCUUCCAAAUGAAUACAGUGAAUUGAGAAGUAUGUUUAAAUAUCACAUUGAUGUAUAUGUUGCAUUGUAUCAGUUAAAAACGGAAAACGAAGAAGAUUUAAACUCAAUUUACAAAAUGAUCAAAACAAAUCUGAUUGAUUCAAAGAAAUGCUCUCCUCAAAACAUUAUUGAACGUAUUUCAAAAAUUAUUCCACAUAACAAUCGCUAUAUAAAGUCAUACUUGACUCUAAUGAAACUCAUCACUGAUGGCUAUAAUUUAACAGAAGUUAGAGAUAUUCCAAUCACCUGGGCCUUCCUCUUUUAUAAAGAGUAUGGGAUUAAAUUAGACAAAUAUGCUAAUUUUGAAGAAAUGAAUUUACAAAAUAUCGAUAUUCAUUCAGAGAAUACGAUUUACAGAGCAAUUAUGAAUAAUGACCUAGAAACAUUUAUUUUUAUCACUGAAAAAGAAGGAUUUGAUAAAAAUCAACAACUUCAAAGCAGUUUAUAUCCAGAAUCUGAAGAAGGAUAUUCAUUACUUGAAUUAUGUUGUUACCAUGGAGCAGUUGAUUGUUUCAAGCUAUUAAGGACCAAAUUUAAUUCAGAAAUAACUGAACAAUGUCUUUGGUUUUCAUUUUUAGGAGGAAAUCAAGAUAUCAUGAGUGAAUGUUUGAAAUAUCAAGAACCUGAUUAUGAAUGCAUGGAAUAUACAAUUAUUUCACACAACAUUGAUUUCGUUACAUUCUUAAUGAAUGAAUACGAUAUAGAUAUCAAUAUAAGUGAUUGUGCAGAAUACAACAAUCUUGAAUCAUUUUUAGUUUAUUUUGAUCAAACUAAUGAAGUUAACCAAUGCUUUAUUUAUUCUGCGUUAUUUGACAAUCCAUCUCUUUGUGAAUAUUUCCUUUCGCUUGGUGCAAAUGUCAAUGAAAAAAAUAUUUAUGGAGCAACCGCUUUGGACAAUGCAGUAAGAAAUAAUAGUAAAAAGACAGCUGAAUUUCUUAUUACACACGGUGCAACAAUCAAUACGCCAGGAAAAUAUAGUGUCCUUCAUGUUGCAGCCAUUAAAAAUAGUAAAGAAACAGCCGAGAUUCUUAUUUCACACGGCGCAGAUAUCGAUGGAAUAGAUGAAAAUUACAACACACCUCUUAUUUAUGCAGCGAAUAAAAAUAACUCAGAAAUAGUCGAACUUCUUAUUUCACAUGGUGCAAAUGUCAAUAAAAAAGAUGAAUAUGGAUUCACUUCUCUUCAUUUUACAGCACGUGAAAAUAAUGCAAAAAUGGCUCAACUGCUUAUUUCUCACGGUGCAAAACCCAACAAAAAAAUGACAGCAGAAAAACCGCUCUUCAUACUGCAGCAGCUAAUAAUAGUAAAGAAACAGCUGAACUUCUUAUUUCACAUGGUGCAAAUAUCAAUGAAAAAGAUAAUUAUGGACGAACCGCUCUUCAUUUUGCAGCCAUGUAUAAUAGUAAAGAGACAACUGAACUUCUUAUUUCACUUGGUGCAAAUAUCAAUGAAAAAGAUAAUUCUUGACAAACUGCUUUUCAUCUUGCAGCCAUUAAAAAUAAUAAAGAAACAGCUGAACUUCUUAUUUCACAUGGUGCAAAUAUCAAUGAAAAAGAUAAAAAGAAGAAAACCACUCUUCAUCUUGCAGCCAUGUAUAAUAGUAAAGAGACAACUGAACUUCUUAUUUCACUUGGUGCAAAUAUCAAUGAAAAAGAUAAUUCUGGACAAACCGCUCUUCAUCUUACAACCAUGA